UAAUUCUUACUCCAGUAAUUAUAAAUGUGAAACACGACAGCAACAUGCUAGUUAUGCCGGCCCACAUCAAGCUACUCAAACAAAUUACAUUAACUCAGAGUUGAAUGCACUUGACUUUUGUGGCCACAAUUUGGCGUAGUGCAUCUUUUCCCCUUUUUUCUUCUGUUAAUUUCUUUUUGGUCAAAGGAAAUUACUAUUUUUUCCUGUCUUAUCCUCCUUUAUAUUGCUUCUCCUAUAGUAUUGGAUUUUAUCGUUCCUCCUCUUCUAACUUUGGUAACUUUUUUAGACCACUACGUUCUGUUUUUCUUUAAUGGCAAGUGGCAUCAUUGUUUGGUUAUUGAUGAUGGCUACAUUGAAGUUAAAUCCAUUGUUGGUAAAGGGUGAACAACAGGUGCCCUGUUUGUUCAUUAUGGGUGACUCUACAUAUGAUAAUGGCAAUAACAAUAAUCUGCUCACUGCUGCAAAGGCCAAUUACCCACCUUAUGGGAUUGAUUUUCCUGAUGGUCCUACUGGUAGAUUCACCAAUGGCCGGAAUAUAGCAGACUUCAUUGCUGAACUAUUGGGUUUCGAUAAGUAUAUUGAGCCAUUUGCAACAGUGAAGGGUGUGGAGAUGUUUAGAGGGGUGAACUAUGCAUCUGGUGCUGCUGGAAUUCUUGAUGAGUCAGGAAUUCAUCUGGGAGAUAGAAUCAGCUUGAAUAGGCAAUUGCGAAAUCAUAAAGUGACAAUUUCCCACAUGUCUACUUUGCUUGGAAAUAAUAUGACUUUAACCAAAGAGUAUCUAAGCAAAUGUAUAUACAUUGUUGGAAUGGGCAACAAUGAUUACAUCAACAACUACUUGCUGCCUCAGUUCUACCCAUCAAGCCUUUUGUACAAACCAGAAAAGUAUGCUACAAUCCUUAUUCAGCAAUAUGAAAAACAAUUAAAGACUUUGUACAGAUACGGAGCAAGAAAAGUUGCUGUGUUUGGGCUAGGAGGAAUAGGUUGUAUUCCAGCAGAGUUGGACUUGUAUGGAACAAAGGACUCAGCAUGUGUCGAUUCAAUAAAUAAAGCAGUUCAAUACUUUGAUGACAAGCUUAUACCAAUGAUCGAUGACCUCAACAGUAACUUGCCCAACACAGAAUUCAUCUACGUAAAUUCAACAAGCAUUGAAAUAAGAGAUCCUUCAUCUAUUGGUAUAACAAAUCUACUUGCACCGUGCUGCCAAAUGUCAAGCACUAUAGCUAACGGGCAGUGCAAAUAUGGAGGAGGUGCAUGCAGUGAUAGAGCAUCACACUAUUUUUGGGAUGGUUUCCACCCCACAGAAAUUCCCAAUAGGGUCACUGCUACAAGAGCUUACUCUGCUCUUCUACCCACUGAUGUCUAUCCUUUUGAUAUUAGCCACUUGGCUCUGCUCUAAAUAAUACUAUAGACAUAGAGUUGUAGCCUGUUAAACUUCGUCAAGCCUUAAAUAAACAGCUACUGUGCUGCCACAUUUUUGUAUAAUGCAUUUUUUUUUUAAUAUGUAAUGUAAUUCAUCUUUUUCAAAUAUGAGUGGAAGUUCUGAA